UCGCACGUGCUGCUCGAAUAACAGAAUCCAGCACGUGUUCGAAAGGGUGCUCGACUGCACACGUGGAUGACAGAGCUUAUUUUCUAUUAUUUAGGCGAUUUUUGACAAAAAUGUUACUACCAUAUUAAUGGUAAUCGUUUUAACGAAAUGCAACAAAUACUAGUCGGUAGAUAAUUAUUUAUAUCUACUAGUCGGUAAAGUUUUGCAUGCUAUUUUUGUGUACCAAAAAACUCCUCGAUUUGACAUCUGCCGGCAGGUGUUUUUGUAAACAAAUAAAGCAACACUCAGUGCAACAGCAGUAAUGGAAACUCCUGUGUUUAAAUUUGAACCACAAGAUUCCGAUACAGUUUACGAACCUGCAGAGGAUUCAUUUCUGCUUCUAGAUGCACUGGAAGAUGAGCUAGAUGUGAUAAAAGCUCGCAAGCCGUUACUGUGCGUGGAAAUUGGCCCGGGAAGUGGUGUGCUUAUAGUCGCACUGGAAAAACAUCUUCCCAUGGGAACUAGCCACUUUAUUGGAUUUGAUAUCAACCCAAAUGCUUGUCGAAUGACACAAAAAACAAGCCAGUUAAACGGUUCAUCAGUGGAUGUUGUGAAUAUGGACUUACUUGCUGGAUUGCGACCGGAAUGCGUAGAUCUGCUCGUGUUCAAUCCACCGUACGUUCCAACGCAACCGACGGUAGAUUCCUUGGAAGAACACAUCGACCAGUUUCACUUAACGGGCGAGGAUCAGAAUCUAGUACACGCUUGGGCCGGUGGAGUGAAUGGUAGAAUUGUUAUAGAUCGCGUAUUAGCAGACUUACAUCGGCUCCUUUCGCCAGAAGGUAUAUUUUACUUACUUUUGCUCAAGGAGAACAAACCUGCAGAAGUGCUGAAGCAACUGCAACGUACAAAGUUCCGGGGACGCAUAAUCAAGGAACGACGAAUCCGUGGAGAACACCUGUACGUGUUGCGUAUAGAACGAGCAAAAAUAGCGUAACCCUGUGUUGUCUAAGGAAGAAGAUUAAUGAUAAAACACAGGAUACUUUAAAAGAUGUGAUAAAUAGCUAUUAACAAACCGAAACAUAAAGCGAGUUUUUCAAACGAUACAUAAAAGACUAAAAUCAUUAUAGGGACACUGGCUGAUCUAAGCCAAUAAGUUGUUAAAAUAAAAAAAGAAUGAGAAAGAAUAUUCACACCAAAAGAAAAAUAGUUAAAUAGAGUAAUGAAAUUCGUUUCAUUUUAAAUCACAUCUAUAUCGAACCGCUUUUGUAUCAGACAGAGUCGACAGAUAUCAUAUUGUCUAUUGAUGCAAUAAAUAAAAUAAGGCGUCGUAAGUUAAAAAUACACUACUUUUUAACUAAAUGCAAUAAAAACAGGAGAUGCAAAAACAAAUCAUAACACACUGCACCCAUUUUUCUACGCGUAUUAGCCUUCAUUGAUGCUUUUCUUUUAUUAUAUUUAAUUCAAUCGUUUUGCCAUCGAACAAAUGUUGUAUAUAUGACCGUAUAACUUAUGUGUGCGUGUACGUUUUGUGAUGCGUAAUUUCCCCAGCCUAAUUACCCACCUUUAAACACUCACAUCAUUAUUUUUCUUGUUGCUGGUUAUGUUAUAAACCUUCCUAAUACUCCCGCACUUAUUAUACUAGAGCCGCUGGACUUAAUGUUCGUGUACAGAAUGAAAAAUAAUACAAAAUUGCGCACUAUUCUGGCUUUUCCCUUUCUAUUCUUCCUUCCAUUGGCAGCGACUACCAAUUCCAAUAUACAAAUAAAAUCUCCAUAAAGUAACAUCGAACAACAACUUAUAUGCAUUUUUUUUGUUUCAAUAUGCUUAUACAUUAUACAUACAAAUACAUACAUAU